UGGGAGUUCCGUUCGUUCCUUCGUUCGCAAGCAGCACUGUACACUUCCUUCGUUCCUUAGCUUUUUGAUUUCUUUUUCUCUCAACCACAACCGCGUCGCUUCUCCUUCUAGGGUUUCGCAGCCAUGGGAGCUCCGCAAUAACUGCCUCCUCAAAAUUCGUCAUCCUUUCGUUACUGUCGCCGAGAUAAUGAUAGAAAAAUUAGAGCGAACAACACAGUUAUUCCAGUUUGCUGAUAAGUACAAGGGGUCCUACAACAAUGCCUUGAAACCCUUUGUGUUCCCCUUUUACUACUCUUACUCUGGUUAUAAGGAUGAGCUGUUGUGGGGUGCUGCCUGGCUGCACAAGGCUACCAAGAAUCCAAUGUACCUAAACUACAUUAAAGUUAAUGGCCAAAUCCUUGGAGCUGCAGAGUUUGACAACACCUUUGGGUGGGAUAACAAGCAUGCUGGAGCAAGAAUACUUGUUUCCAAGGGUACAGUCCCUCCAUGACUACAAGGGCCAUGCGGACAAUUUCGUUUGUUCCCUAAUUCCUGGGACCUCUUUCUCUUCCACCCAGUAUACCCCAGGUGAAGUUCAUUUGAGUACCAUUAAGCCUUAGAAACCUUAUUACUACCACACUUAUGUACGUGUAUGUAUGUUAUGUCCAGUGAUAGUGUGUUCAACUUCUGAAGAAUUUGAAACCAACUUCUGAAGAGAAAAAGAUACGCGUCGAGAGCGUUCAAGUUGCUCAAAACCCUUCCUUAUAGGAUCAAGGACAUGUACAUCCACAGUCCUAACUUAGGAUUUUUUCUUUGACAAAAUCUAUGGAAUGCACGGGUUGAAGACUCUUCACUUUUUUCAGUUCAUCAUUACCCAAGCACAAGUGAUAAAUAUUAGUUAUUUCAUAUUAAUAUUAGUAUAAUGUAUUUAUACUGAAAACUGGCAAGAAAAGUUAAUUAUUUCUUCUUCAUGGAAUCAGAAUUCAAUACUCAGUGUGAGUUGUUUACAAUUGUUUA